AUGGCAACCAAAUAUGAAGUAGUUGUUGUUAUUGUGCCAUUUCCAGCACAAGGUCAUCUCAAUCAACUCCUUCAUUUUUCAUCUCUUAUUUCUUCUUACAAAAAUAUUCAAGUCCAUUAUGUUGGUACAAAAAUUCAUACUAGACAAGCCAAAAUUAGAGCUCAUGGUUUAUUAAACCCUAAUUCUUCCAAUAAUAUUAUUCAUUUCCAUGAAUUUUCAACACCUUCAUUUCCAUCACCACCACCUAAUCCUAAUUCAAAUAUCAAAUUUCCUUCACACCUUCAACCUUCAUUUGAAUCAUCCUAUCAUCUUCGAAGCCCCGUGGCUUCACUUCUACGAUCUUUAUCGUCUAUUUCACGUCGAGUUGUUGUUGUUCAUGAUUCUUUAAUGGCUUAUGUUGUUCAAGAUUUCACUUCAUUACCAAAUGUUGAGUCCUAUAACUUUCAUAGUGUUUCUGCUUUUACUAUCUUCUUGUUCUUAUGGGAAUCAAUGGGAAAGCCUUUCCCUAUUGAGGCUGAAAUACUAGACAACUUACCAUCUCUUCAAGGUUGUUUCACGUCAGAGUUCAUGGAUUUCAUGGCUUCUCAAAGGAAGUACUCAAAAUAUGACUCUGGAAAUAUUUACAACACAAGUAGAGUUAUCGAAGGAAAAUUCAUGAAUUUACUUGAAAAAGAACCAAUCAAAAGAAAUAAAACACAAUGGGCUAUAGGUCCAUUUAAUCCAGUGAAGAUUAUUAGCAACAACAAUUUAUCAAUUGGUCAAUAUCAACGUCACAAAUGUUUGUCAUGGCUUGAUAAACAAUCUCCAAAAUCCAUCAUUUUUAUUUCAUUUGGUACAACAACUUCACUAAAAGAUGAACAAAUCAAAGAGCUUUGUAUAGGGUUAGAAAAAAGUGGAAUAAAGUUUAUUUGGGCAUUAAGAGAUGCUGAUAAAGGUGAUAUUUUCUCUGGAGAAUUGAGAAAAAUUGAACUUCCAAAAGGGUAUGAAGAGAGGAUAAUAGUUCAAAAUAAGGGAAUAAUAGUAAGAGAUUGGGCACCACAAUUGGAGAUUUUAGGACAUUUAUCAAUUGGUGCGUUUAUGAGUCACUGUGGAUGGAAUUCGUGCGCGGAAAGUUUAUCACUGGGAGUACCUAUUAUUGCAUGGCCUAUGCAUUCUGAUCAACCAAGAAAUAGUAUUUUAAUAACUAAGUUUUUGAAAGUUGGUAUAAAUAUUUUGCAUAAUUGGGAACGUAGUAUAAAUGAAGUGGUGAAAUCAAAUAUUAUUGAACAUGUCAUUGUGACACUAAUGUUGAAUAAUAUUGAAGGAAAUGAAAUUCGUCGGAGAGCGGCGGAAUUAGGAGCGGCUAUUCGGAGAUCGGUGGUGGAAGGCGGCGUAACGAGGAAGGAAUUGGAGUCUUUCAUUGCUCACAUCACUAGAUAAAUACAACAUGCUGGCAAAUAGUCGAAUUAGAUCA